AUGUCUUCUCCUUCUCCUCCUCCUUCCCGCAACAUCUGCCAUUGCUUGUGCAGAAAACGCGGGAGAGCUCCCAUGGAGGAGGGAACCAGGAAACGCCCAUGGUCCGAUCUCCCGCCGGAGAUCCUCUCCAUGAUCGGCAAUCGGCUCUGCACCCGCAUGGACGUCCUCCGGUUCCGCAGCAUCUGCUCCUCGUUCCGCUCCUCGAUCCCCGCGCCUCGCCCGUGGUUCCCCUUCCGAAUCCCUCGCGUGCAGAGGUCCACCCUCUUCCUCAAAAAGACCACUGUCUACGCCCUCGAGACGCCGGGCGGAGCCGCCACGGGCCCCGGUCGCGCGCGGUGGGUCCUGAAGCUCGAGGAGACGGAGCUCGGGCACAUGCGGAUGCUCAGCGUCUUCUCGCGGUGGCGCAUCCGGCCCUCGCCCCGCAAGUUCCCAAUGACGUUCGAUUUUCUCCAGUACCGAAUCGUGGAACUCUGUAGAGGAUACUUCCUCGAUCGUGGAAUUGGAGGCCUCGGUCAACGGUAUUGGGGAUGGUGGUCUGAUCAAAAUAUAUUUGGGCUGAAUGCAGUGAUGCAUCCGGAUUGCUGUGUAUGGUCUGAUCUAGAUCAGUGCUCGGUUUAUUUCAUUGAUGAAGAAGGGCGAUUAGCUUAUUGGAAGUACGGGGAUGAGAACGGGAGCCUUGUAGAUGAUCCAAAGGGCGGCUUUUAUGAAGACAUUGCAGUCUAUGAAGGCGAAGUCUGCGUUGUGGAUAAGUUGGGGUCGGUUUCGCAGCUCGAUUCAUCCUUCAGACUUCGAAGUAUCUCGGCCGGCCCUUGUGGCUUCAGCGGCGGCGACUAUUGGAAGCACUUGGUGGUGUCGAGUGGUGAUCUUUAUGUGGUGGACAGACACGAGAGAAGCUUCAGGACGCCGGAAUUCAGAGCCUAUAGAUUGGAUCGACAAUGUGGGAGAUGGGAGGAGGUGAGCAGCUUGGGCAAUUCGGCUUUCUUCAUCUGCGACGACUGCUCGUUCGCGGUUGCGGCGCCGGAGUUCGCCGGGUGCAAGGGGGACUGCAUCUACUACAAGGAUAGGCGCUCGUGUUGGACCCCUUCCCCGAUUGAAAACUUCCUUGUGUUCGGCUUGGCGGAACGUACCACUCAAGUCGGCGGGCGACUUCCUGGGGGUCGCUUCUGA